CUUUCAACCCUUCUUCUUCUCCUCCCCUCUACAACAAACCAUCUUCUUUCCUCUUUCUUUGCCUGCAGACAGAAUAAUAAAAACAACAACAACGACAACAACAACAAACAAAUAAGCAAGCAAGCAAACAAACAAUUACUUCAUCAACAAUACAAUAACAUUUGUAUUGGGGUUUCUUUCAUACUCGAUAAAUACAUUGGAAAAGGGCCAACUCUUCUACGGUCCCACCUCUCUAAAAUCAUCAGAAUCAAAACAAAACUAGAGCGUACACCUCUCUCACACAAAUCAAAUUUUUUCUCGAAUACAUCAAGUUGUACUUUUGCUUUUCGCUUUUCUACUCAUCAAAUAUCCAAAUUUUCAGACUCGAAUCUCUACUACCUGCAUAUUUUAAUAUCGGGCAAGAUUUCGAUUUUUUUUGCAAACAAGGACUUUCUUCCUUUGAAAUCUUCAACCAAAGCUAUCAGCACGUACAGUGAUACAUUUGCGUUAUAUGUAUCUCACACCCAACGCCAACGACCUCAGACAUCAGCCGCCUCUCGAGCUGCAACCAUUUCGCAUACCGCGGAAACCUUGUAGUUCCUACUUCAGCAGCAACGGCUAAGUAUCAUCCAUCUACGAUUCGAAUGUUCCCGUAACUACCAAGCAAAUUUCAACAACCUCGACCGUCUUUGCCCCUUCAGAAAGUCGAACUUUUCUGCAUGUUAUAUUUCAGAAUAUCAGAUUUAUCUAACAAAUACCUGCACGCCUUAACUUUCACGAAAAUCCAUUUUCCAACUCGAGCUACCAAUUAGCAAUCAUGGCCACCGUCAAUAUCCGUCGCGAUGUCAAGGACAACUUCUACAGAUACAAGAUGGAGAAGAUUCAGUCCAAGAUUGAAGGAAAAGGCAACGGAAUCAAAACCGUCAUUGUCAAUCUCACCAGCAUCGCCAAUUCCUUGGCUCGCCCAGGAGCAUAUGUCAUCAAGUACUUCGGCUUCGAACUCGGAGCUCAGACCAACACCAACCCUGCCGAUGAUCGUUGGAUCAUUAACGGUGCCCAUGAAGCAAGCAAAUUGCAGGAUUAUCUAGAUGGUUUCAUCAACAAGUUUGUGCUCUGCAAAGAGUGCAAGAAUCCUGAAACCGAAGUUAUUUUCAAAGACGGAAAUAUCGUCUUGGAUUGUAAGGCAUGCGGAAAGCGCUCAAUGGUCGACCCAAGGCUUAAGUUGAGCGGCUUCAUAUUGAAGACUCAGCCUAAGAAAGGCAAGAAAGAUAAAUCCGAAAAGAAGGCGGCUCGUAAGGCCAAAGCAGACAAGGGCGAGGUCAAAGAGAAUGGAAAUGCUAGUGGAAGCGAGAAUGCAUCUGAAAAUGGGUCCAACGACAACAAUGGCAAUGGCGAAGUGAUACUCGAUGCUCCUAGCGACGAUGAGCUUGUCCGUCAGGCAGAAGAGCUCCAACAGUCGACCGAAGUCAAAGAUGACGACUGGGCUGUCGAUAUGUCACCAGAGGCUAUCAAGGCCCGCCAACAACAACUUCCUGAUGAUCUCAAGCAAAAGCUCGUUCUCGGUGGCGGUGGUGGAGAUGAGGACGAUGACGAAGAAGCUGGCGGAAAUUCUACUUACGACCAACUCGCAAACUGGAUCGAAGAACAGACGGUGGAGAAAGGUGACGUCAGUAAGGUAGACGAUCUUGAAAUCUAUCUCAAGGCGAAGGAGCUGGGGAUUGAGGCUAAGCAUCGCACUCUUGUCAUCCUCGCUCUCACGCUCUUCGAUGAAAACAUCGUGAAGCAAAUCCCAAAGCGAGCAGGUAUGCUUAAAAAUGUAAGCCCACAUGCCCUAAACCUUAUUGACGUACAUGAAGACUAAUAUAUUGCAGAUGAUCACUUCUGAGAAACACGAAAAGUCUCUCCUCGGUGGGAUUGAAAGGUUCAUCGGUCUGCGCGGCCAGAAGAACCCUGAUUUCUACGAGAAAACAUCAAAAGUGCUCAUGGUCCUCUACGAUCAAGAACUACUCACCGAAGAAGUUCUUACCAAGUGGGGUACCAAAGCCAGCAAGAAAUAUACCAAUGACCUUGCCGUAAGCAAGAAAGUUCGCAAGUCAGCAGAGGAGUUCUUGAAAUGGUUAGCCGAGGCCGAGAGCGAUGAUGAUGACUCUGAAUGAGAGAUAACGAAGACCUUCGUCUGGCUCGCACAGAGUGUUCCGUUACAUUUCUAAGUUUCUGUCUGGAAUAGUAACACUGUUGGGCCUUCACGCCAAUUAGUAAUUAUGAGCUCAUGUUCAAGCACGGAAACACUCCAUAGAUUUUUUUAGGCAGGGCUGCUACUGUCCUUUUCGGUUUCGCUUUCUCAGUAUCACACAAAAGUCUCACUUGUGUUAAUGUAAACCAAAUUCCACUCUUCCACCAUUAAUCCA